AUGUGGUGGUUUUUUGCAAUUCACUCCCUGCGGUCCGACCUGGAACGACUGAUGCGAAAGCUCUUCUUCAAGAACCCGGUGGGUUGGCCUGAGUUUCUGGAAGCAAGAGCCGUGUGCAUCGACAAGCUGAAGCAAUUGCACGACCACUUUCACGUCCCAACAUCUUACAACAAAUUCGAAAAGUACAUACUGAACAAUGCUAAAAUCAUACUUUGCACCGCUUGUACCUCGUCCCAGCUGAGCCAUGGCAGGAAACUUGGGGAACUUAAGCCAAUCGACCUUCUUGUCGUUGAUGAGGCGGAGCAGCUGAGGGAGAGUGAGCUCUCGAUGCCUCUGCGGACCGGUGUCCGUCGCGCUGUCCUCAUCGGCGACGAAUCCCAGUUACCGGCCCUAGUCAAAAGAAAGGUCAGCGUGGACGCCGACUUCGAGAGAAGCCUCUUCGAGAGGCUUAUAUCCCUUGGACAUCCUAGGCACCUCCUUGACGUGCAGUACAGGAUGCACCCGGAGAUAAGCAAGUUCCCCCUCUCGAGGUUUUACCUCGGCAAGGUGAUAGAUGGCCCCAACAUCCUCGAAAGGGAUUACGAGAGGAAGCUCCUGGCUGGCCCAAUGUACGGCCCUUACUCGUUCAUCGACAUCAAAGGCAGGACCGAGAGCUCGGGCGAGCAUGGCAUGAGCCUGAGCAACACGGCCGAGGCAGCCGCCGUGACCCGGAUCGUGGAGAGAUUGUUCAAUGUCGGUUCGCUCGGGACAAAAGCUCGACAAAGCCUCGCCGUAGGCGUGGUAUCGCCGUACAACGCGCAAGUCCACGUCAUCCAGGAGAGGCUCGGAAGGCUCGAGUGCGGGGCACACGGCGGCAGAGAACGCUUCUCCCUGAAGGUUCAGACCGUGGACGGGUUCCAGGGCGCCGUGGACGAUUGGGCCGGUAGUCCUGAUGACAGGCGAUCCACGGGGGGUUAUGCGGUCUUCCUCGGUCCUAACUUGAUCGCCUGGAAUGCUCAUAAGCAAGCAACAAUGUCUCGCAGUAGUACUGAGGCUGAGUACAAAGCUAUCGCUGAUGCGACUGCUGAGAUUAUAUGG